CAGAGCUUUGCUUGGCCUGGGUCAACCCGCCGCGCCGCCCACCUGUCCCCCGGGCCCCGCGACGCAGAGUCCCAGUUUCUUCCGUUCCUUCCAGCCAGCCAGCAGCAGAGUCCCACUCGCCCACGACAAAGCAGAGUCGCUCCCAGUUCCUCGUCCCGCAAAUCUCCUCGCCAAAACCCGAACCAAAUCGCGCCGCUUUUAAUCCCCGGGAUUCAAUAAACGAAUCGCCUCUCGGCUAAUCGAACGGAUCCAGGCAUUCAUUAACCCGCACAGGAGAGAACGGAAGGGGGAAAAAAGGCGAGGAGUGGAGAGGGAGACCAGUAGACCACCACCCGUCCGCGUCCUUGUGCGGGUCCAUUUGGGCGGCGGCGGCGGCGGCGCGGAGGGAGGGCGGAGAGCAGGAAGAAGGGAGGGAUCAGAGCGGCGCGCGAAGCGUCCAAAACCCUACGCCCGCAGCGGCGGCGCCCAGCAGGCAUUUAGGAUGGUGGACAAGAAUGAUGGGUCCGAAGGGCUCAAAUUCAACAAGUCGCACCUGAUGCAAACAACUGAAGAGGUUGCGAGAGCAUUUAUUGCUGCUGCUUCAGCUGCCACCGUGCAGCCCACACGUCCAUCUGUGGUAUACUCAUCUGGAGAAGAGAGUGGCAGCCCAAUGCAGAAGCUGCAGCAACAAUUUUCAAAAAUCCUGAAAGGUUUUUCAAAUUCUCCUGAAGUGUCUGGACCGUACAAUCCAGAAGUUCUUACGACACACAAGCGACAGUGGUCAAGGUUCCAGCUGAAGUCAUUGGGUAAUAGGUGCAUCAGAGAACCUUCACAUCUUUUUGAGAGCAUAGUGAUUGUUGGGCUUCCUCCUCAGGCAGAUAUCCAUGAGCUUGAAAACAUUGCUCUAGGGAGGAAUGAUGACGAUACAAAGAAAUCAAGAAAUCUAUUUGGCAACAACCACCACCAAGUUCAUGCCAUAUCAAAUUUGGAACCUCAGGUCCUUUUUGCAUAUCCUCCUGAGAAGUCUCUUCCACUCAAGUACAAGGAUAUUGUCUCAUUCUGCCUUCCCGGAGGUGCACAGGUUAAUGCUGUUGAACGGACUCCUUCAUUCAGUGAGCUGAAUGAAAUUCUCCUGGGGCAGGAACAGCUUAAAGAAAGCAAUCAGUCUUUCGUAUUCCGUCUACAGGUUGCUGAUGACCCUACACUAUAUGGAUGCUGUGUAUUGGUUGAGGAGAUUGUACAAAGGCCUUCAAAGCUUGUUUCCAUGCUCACGAAUGAAAAGCCUGUAUUUCCUCGCCGGAGUCGUUAUGUAGUAACCACACCCCGGUGUUAUUGCAUCCUGUCCAGGCUCCCAUUCUUUGAACUGCAUUUUGGGGUACUGCAGAGUAUUCUUAUGGAAGAACGGCUUGAAUGGCUGACGGAUGGUGUUAGCAUGCUAACUUCGUUAUCACCGGAGGAAACCUGCGAGGAUGAUGAUAUUCAUGAAGACACUGAAAUUGCAGGAGCAGAACAGUAUUUGGAUGGUACAACACUAGAAAAAUCCUCUGAAACAAGUGUGGAAGCUUCUCCAAAGGAGCUAUCUGACACGGACAGCAGUUCUGGGUGUGGGGAUAACCAACUGGUCACCUCCCAAGAAGUACAACCAGAAAGUUGUUCUCCUGUCAAAGAGGAACAGAACAGUCCUGUAACAGGGAUGAUUACUCAAUAUGAUAAAGCAGAAGAGUCUGAUAAUUGCGUUUCAGGAGAAACAGUGAUAGACAUGUCCAGUGUUAAGCUCCAUGAACUGGAUUCUGUGCCGUUUGUUUCGAAUGAAAAUUGUUGUAAUUUCUCACAUGAAAAUGUGAUUGAUGGGGAACUUGAUAUCUUUGUUAAUGAUACUAUUUUGCCGCUUAUACGAUCUCGUCUCAGCGAAGGUUCUGAAUCGUCUCCAAGUUCCCAAGAUUCUCCUUCUGAGGGCAUAAAUUUGAGAAGUGAUACCAAUGAAUUGGAUUUGGAGGAGCCAUCUUCCAUUGGUCACGGAGAUGUAGUUGGGCACAGCAGUAUAUUGCAAUGGGCUAAGGCAAAAAAAUAUGGAUCUCUUCAAGUUGUUUGUCAGUACUACCAGUUGCAGUGUCCUGCCAGGGGUUCAUCACUUAAUUUUCAUCCCUUGGAGCACUUGCAUCCUUUGAGGUUUCACCGGCCUGGUGAAACCGCUCUUCAUAUUGCUGGGUCAACUAUUGAUCUUCGGUCACGUGAUACAAGCUUAGAGGUGGCUGAGAUGCGUAAUGCCCUCUUUGCUGAGGAAGAAUCAACUGCUUUAUCCACAUGGGCUGUUGCAUCCAUAUGUGGAUGCCUCAGGUUGGAACAUGUUAUGACACUUUUUGCUGCAGCACUCCUGGAGAAACAGAUUGUUAUUGUCUGUUCUAAUUUGGGAAUGCUUUCCGCUUCAGUUUUGUCUGUCAUACCUCUAAUACGACCAUACCACUGGCAGAGUCUACUCAUACCGGUUUUGCCAAACGACAUGCUGGAUUUUCUGGAUGCACCUGUCCCAUACAUUGUUGGUGUGCACAACAAAACAUCCGAUCUGCAAUCCAGGCUAGGAAAUGCAGUAAUUAUUGAUGCCAACAAGAAUCAGAUUAAGUCUACUUCGGUCCCACAAUUUCCGCAACAAAGGGAGUUGCUUUCUGCCUUGCGGCCGUAUCAUUCAAGACUUGUGGGCGAAAGUUUUCUUGCAAGAAAACGUCCCGUUUAUGAAUGCACAGAUGCCCAGGUGGAAGCGGCCAAAGGUUUCUUGGCAGUGCUUAGAUCCUAUCUUGAUUCUCUGUGUUCCAACCUGAGAUCUCACACGAUUACCAAUGUGCAAUCCAACAAUGACAAGGUUUCCUUAAUUUUAAAAGAGAGCUUCAUUGGCUCUUUCCCUGCCAGAGAUAGGCCCUUUAUGAAGCUUUUUGUGGACACACAGUUGUUCUCGGUACAUACAGACUUGGUUCUCUCCUAUUAUCAGAAGGACUGAGUCUCUCUUAAGUCUUAACGACUUGACUGUCAUUAGUGGCAUGAUUUUUCCAAGCCUUAUGUUGAGCUCAACUGUACAUACCGUUGCAGUAAAUAUGAGCUGCCUUAUCACUUGGGCAGCUCUGAGGUGGAUCAAGAAGCUGCAAUAGGCAGCUCAUAUACUGUUAGAGAAGUUGUAGAUUAUUGGGAUCCAGGUUUGAACAAGAAUGCUCUUCUAGCUGUUGUAAAUUAGUUCUGCGCUUCUGUGCAUGCUGCGCCUCUCCAUAAAAAAGAUUUUGUAGGCAGUAUACAAGUAGUAGUUGCCCAUAAGAAACCUUCUGGUUGUUCUUCCUACAUUGACGUACUUAAAUGGUCCAUGUGUGCUGCAAAAUCUCUGUACGUGAGAUCCCAAAGCUCAUAUCGCAGCUAGUUCGUAAUUAGGGAGAAAAGCAAAAACAUAUGCAAUAUAAUUUAAGAACAGAGGCAAGCUGAUGCAAUGUCAAAGGAGCCGUACCUCAAUUUGUUUACUUGUGACGUCUUGUGUA